UGAAAAGAAAUUAAAAUUUUUGGAUAUCGGCACGGGUUGUGGAAAUAUAGUAAUUUCUUUGGCGAAAAAUCGGCCAGCAGAUGAUUUUUUGGCUGUGGAUAUCAACGAGCAGGCCUUAAAAGUGGCGAAAAUAAACGCCGCUCGUCAGGAAGCAAAAAAUAUUCGAUUUAUCAAAAGUGAUUUAUUUAGUAAUAUAGACAAGAAAGAAAAAUUUAAUAUUAUUGUGGCUAACCCACCUUAUGUCAGCAAAAGUGAAUAUCAAGAUUUAGUUCCGGCAGUCAAAGAGCAGCCCCGAAAAGCCUUAAUAGCCGCCAAUGAGGGCUAUUUUUUCUAUCAAAAAAUUUUCCGUCAGGCUCGCCAUUUUUUAGCAAAAAAAUUCCUUUUAAUGGUCGAAAUUGGCCCCCAGCAAGCCGAAAAUGUCAUAAAAUUAAUAAUAGAACAUUUGCUCAGUCGGUUAGAGCGUCUGACUGAAGAUCAGAAGACAACAGCAACAAAAGUAACAGUGAUAGGAAAAGCCGGAUUGGCUGAAAGAGUUUAUAAUUCAAAGAGUCGUUAUUCAGAAGGACGAAGAAGUUUAUUAAAAGCAUUAAGUAAAUCACAAAUUGAUGCCGUGAUUGGUGGAAUAUUAGAGGAAAUCGAAAAAGCUCUCAUUAAAGGAGAGAAGGUUAGUUUUCCAGGAUAUUUUUCUCUACAAACAACAUUACAAAAGGCUCGUGUGGCCAUGAAUUUACAAACUAAGAAAAAAAUGAAUAUUCCGGCCAAAAGGGUUCCUAAAGCGAAAUUCUCGCUCAAUGGUAGAGCCAUAGCCUUCCAAGCUAUUGAUGGGG